AUUUGGGAAUCUAGGCAAGUACAGAGCUCCUUUGUUUUUAAUUAGCUGCGUUGUUUUUAAUUGCUACUAUGCUUGAUACAUAACCCAGCCUAAACAAGAAUAGCUUAUUGAAUGGGGGACUGACUAUGAAAGGCACCGUGAGGAGAAGGGCUGUUCUUCACAGUUGAUAUAUUUGUAUUUCAGUGCUUCAUUUAAUAAGUCUGUUUCCCCGGGGGGGCUGUAGUGAGUAAAUCAUGCCAACAGAUUGUUUUCUGCAAACUGGCUUAUUUUUGUAAUUAGCAAGACGUUAAAGCUGUAACUGCAUAGAAAGCGAUCUGGGUGAGGAGUGAGCAUAAAAGAAUUAGUAAGCAAAAUGUAACACUUACUGUUUGAUAACAUUUGCGUUGAUUGGAUUGGUUUCUGGGCAGUUUGUUGUCUGGGGUAGUCAGGUUUCUUUCUGCUGUGUUGUAAAAGGAGAGAGAAAUUCACAGGUGUGCAGAGCGAGCACAGUAAGAAGAGGUAUUUUAAGGGGAACACUUUUUGGGAAUCACAUCUGCAUGGCCAAGGGGAUCUGAUGGSAAAGCCUUGCUGGGGGUUACAGCUGCCAUCAGAAACUGCCAGUGUUUCACUUUGCUUUUCUCCUUUGUUUUCCAGUUAUAUGACAAAUACGGCAUCACCAUGAGCGGAGUAUUGAAAAGGAAGUAUGAAGAGCUGGGGGAUGACAGCACCUACUGCUCCUCCUCCUCCUGCUCCCCACUGUCCUCCUCGUCAUCCUCGGGCUGGGACACUGAUGAGGAGAAUUCCCGUGGAGAGCCCAAGCCCAGCUCUGCCUUAACAUCCAGCUUCACCCCCACGUCCAUCCUGAAGAAAUCCAAGCGACUAAAGAAGAACAAUGUGGAGUUUGACCGGGUCACUGUGUUUUACUUCCCACGCUGCCAGGGCUUCACGAGCGUGCCCAGCCGUGGGGGCUGCACCCUGGGGAUGGUGAGCAAACACAGCUCCUCCCGGCAGUUCACGCUGGCAGAGUUUUCAAAGGAGCAGGAAAACGUCCGUCGGGGCAAGCUCGAAGAGAAGUUGAAAGAGGAGAAAUUGGAAGCAUUGAAAUGGAAACUAACCAUGAACGGCACGAAGGAGUCYGAGGAGGCCAACCAGCUCACCAUCGAGGACAUCUCCGACGACGACAUCGAUGUCAGCAGCGUGGACCUGGAGGACGGCUUCUUCCUGCAGCCCUACCCCGCCAAGAAGAGGCGGGCGCUGCUGAAGGCCGUGGGGGUGAAGAAGAUCGACAAGGAGGAGAAGCGGGAGCUGCACAGCAUCCGCCUGUCCCGGGAGGACUGUGGCUGCGACUGCCGCGAGGUCUGCGACCCCGAGACCUGCAGCUGCAGCUUGGCAGGCAUCAAAUGCCAGAUGGAUCACACCUCCUUCCCCUGCGGCUGCACCAAGGACGGCUGUGGCAACACCGAGGGCAGGAUCGAGUUCAACCAGGCCCGCGUGCAGACACAUUUCAUCCACACCAUCAUGAAGCUGGAGCUGGAGAAGCAGCAGCAGAGCAGCGAGAAGGUGGUGGAGGCUGAGCCCCCGUUCCGGGAGCGGCUCCCGCCGCUGGGAUGCGCRGCAGGGAAGGGCUCCCUGGAGGAGCGCGCGGUGCCGAUGGCGCCCGCCUUCCAGUUCAGCCCCGAGCUGGAGGCCCUGGGCGAGAACAGCUGCAGCAGCGACAUGACAGACUCCUCCAUCUCCUCCCACCCCAGCGAGGACCUGGAGGAGCCCUACGAGAACCUCCCCUCUGACAAAUCCCAGUCGGACGUGGACGACGACGGCUUGGCRCGCAUCCUCCACUUCAACGACUCGGAUGCUGAAGAAGAGAGUGGGCGCGGCCAGGAUGACCUCGGCUGCUUCCACCCCGCCGACUUCUUCAUCGAGGACCAUGGCAGCGAGGCCAAGCCUGUCCCUGGCCACUUGUCCCACCUGUCGGAGUGCCUGGACGAGAAUGCCAACCAGGACAGCGGGGGUUUGCUGGAGGACACGGCCCACGUGCGCUGCGAUGGGCUGUCCUGCUGCGCCUCGUCCUCUGCCGAGCCCUGCUCCAAGAGCUACGCYGACCUCAGCCUUUCCUCCGAUUCCUUGGAUUUCUUCCAGUCCUUCUCGGACUAUAACUUGGGACCCCUUUACAACUCCUUAAAGGAGUAUGAGAACCUGGAUAACUUCUCAGCGUUACAGUUUCAGUUGCCUAACUUCCCUGGCUUCCCUCAAGCCGGAGAUCAGGGCUCCUGUUUCUUGGAGUCCCUCAUUGGCUUGUCAGAAUCCGUCCCYGAAACCCCAGCCCCUUUCACAGACAAUCAGCUUUUGGAGGAUGCCAUCAAGUCGUCUCUGAUGGAGACAGUGAAAGUGUGAAACACCCCUGUGAUUCGGGCAAGGACUGGUGCCGAAAGGAAAACAGAGGAACAGUUGGACAGGCAAACUUUCACUGAAAGGGUGAUGUGCUACUCAAAUAUAAGGAGAUAAAAAACAGCAACAGCAAGAAGACUUUCUAAGCAAAUUGAACUAUUUUUGGUCUUUAUAGAAAACRUGGACGUUUUGACAUACUGCAGCURCAAUCAGUUCUCUCGCUGUUUGUGCAAAAAUUUCUAAACUUUCAUGAUGGGGUGGGGAGGGAGGGGAAAAAGACUUUCACCUAAGAAUUUCCUUGUGUUUUGUAUGAAAAGACCUGUUGAGAAAUACUCCUCGCUAACGUUGCCAGUCGUCCAUACAGCCCUUUCUAGAAACGUUUCAGUGUUGCAGGAACUUUUUAAGGCAACUUUUUGAAGCUGUAUUUAUUGUGAAAUUUUGUGGUUUGCGUAAGAGUCAACCCAACAUGCUCUUACGUUUAAAUCUGACGAGGUUUACAGAAGAAAUCCACACACUAUAUACAUAAUCAUUCUUCAUCUAUUUAUUGCAAAAUUCCAGAAUUUAACUAGCCACUGAAGCUUGAACUAGCAUGAAACCUUAUUUAAAUUGGGAAUACCUCAGAUGUAUUAUGUGUACAAUCAUAUUUUUUUUGCAUAAUAUAUCUGUAUUUAUUUAUUUUCUACCUGUA